AUGCCACGCACUUUCAAGAUUACCGUUCCUGCUUCGAGUGCCAACAUUGGGCCGGGCUACGAUGUACUAGGUAUUGGUUUGUCACUGUCCCUGGAGCUGGAGGUUACCAUUGACCCAAAACAGGCUCAGGAUACAAACGAUGAUCCAAAUAAUUGUAAAUUAAGCUACACGGAGGACAGUGAGGGCUUUGAUAGUGUACCUUUGAGCUCGGAUGCCAAUCUGAUAACGAGAACUGCUCUGUAUGUUCUUCGUUGCAAUAAUAUUAGGAACUUUCCCUCAGGAACCAAAAUCCAGGUGCGCAAUCCUAUCCCGUUGGGGAGAGGGCUUGGUUCUUCCGGAGCCGCAGUUGUUGCGGGUGUUAUGCUCGGUAACGAGGUUGGUAAGCUGAAGUUCUCCAAGCAACGCAUGCUUGAUUACUGUCUAAUGAUCGAGCGCCAUCCGGAUAAUAUCACAGCAGCAAUGAUGGGUGGAUUCUGUGGCUCAUUUUUGAGAGAUUUGACCCCACAGGAAGUGGAAAGACGGGAAAUCCCAUUGAGCGAAGUGCUACCGGAACCUAGCGGCGGCGAAAAUACCGGUCUCGUGCCACCUUUACCACCUACUGAUAUUGGUAGGCAUGUAAAAUAUCAAUGGAAUCCUAAGAUCAAGUGUAUUGCAAUUAUUCCCCAAUUCGAACUCUCCACCGCAGAUUCCAGAGGAGUGUUGCCAAAGGCAUAUACUACCCAGGACGUUGUUUUCAACUUGCAAAGACUCGCUGUGUUAACUACAGCACUAACAAUGGAUCCUCCAAACGCUGAUUUGAUCUAUCCUGCAAUGCAGGACCGCGUCCAUCAACCUUACAGAAAGACGCUAAUCCCAGGGCUCACGGAAAUUCUUUCAAGUGUUACCCCAUCCACGUACCCAGGUCUUUUAGGUAUAUGUCUUUCCGGUGCAGGUCCAACAAUCCUAGCUGUGGCUACGGAGAACUUUGAAGAAAUUUCACAAGAGAUUAUAAACCGUUUUGCCAAGAAGCAAGUUCACUGUACCUGGAAGUUACUGGAACCCGCUUAUGAGGGUGCCAAUGUCGAAGAGAUAUAA